CAUUACAUCAAAAUUCGUUCACAGGAUCGCACGUGCGGUCAAUAACUAAAAAAAUGACAACCUUCAAGAACACUAAAAUUAAACAGUUUUCGGUGUCUAUUUUAUACGACGCCAAACUGAAGACAAGUUUUUGUUGGCGGUAUUUUGGUGAUUUAGUUAUCGAAGAGGAUAAUAGAAAGAGGAAAGUGUGCAAUGAUCAAGUGUUUUGCAAUGCAUGCUUGUCUGGUGCCAAAGAAGAGAAUGAUGAAAUAUCAUUUGGAUUGGCUAAAAUAAAAUCUUACGUCAAAACUGUCAGUACAGGCAAUCUUAUCAAACAUUUAAGAGAUUUCCAUAAUUUAAAAGAAGAAAGUUCUGGUAAAGCUACAAGAAAUAUCGAGCAGUUUUUUCAAAUACAACCACGCCGCUCACAAACAACAGUUGGAACUCCAAGCAGCUCAUUGAUAAAAAAUAAAGAUUCAUGGUUACUUGCACGAGAUAUGGCUCUCUGGUUUUGCAAGUCUUUAAUGCCGUUCGAUUCGGUAUCAGAUGAAGGCAUGAACGAUUUUUUCCAAAAAUAUGACAUCAUCAGUUGUAAAGAAGAUAUGCCCUCUAGAGACACAGUGUCUCGCACUGCUCUCGACGAUGUCUAUGAAAGUAUGCUGGAGAAUGUGAAAGUUCAAAUCAAAACAGAUGCGGCUGGACAUGCCGCUAUCACGUUUGAUUUGUGGACUGAUCAGUAUAGACAUCUGAGCUACAUAACGUUCACUCUUCAUUACUUAACUGCUGAUUUUGAGUUAAAAUCAUUCACGUUGUGCACUAAGCUUAUCGAGGGCAAAAAGACGGGAGCUAAAAUUCAAGAAACAUUAAACGAGACAAAAGAGUGCUUUGAUCUCCAGGAAAAAGUACUCCACUCCGUGACGGAUGCAGGGUCAAAUGUUAAACGCGCCAUUUCGCUUGCCGCACUGGACAGCCAUUUGUGCUUAGGGCACGCAUUGCACAACCUGGUAACUGUAGACGGUAUUGGCAGUGUUCCUGAAUUAGCAGAUUUAAUAAAAAAGUGUAAAAAGAUUGUGAAAACCGUUCGUUAUCGUUUACCGGACUUGGAGCGAGAGGCAGAAAAAGAACAGAUUCAAUUUCUACAGUCUCUAGAGCGCGUAUCAGAACAUUUGGAAAUGGAUGAAAAUGAGCCAAUUAUUGAUGAUGAGGUGUCGGAUUCACAUUCAGUUUCAGGACUACAAACGAACAGCGAUGAAUUUGGUAGCAUAAACCAUGUGCCAAGUAUCAAAACUUCGUCGCCAACCCGUUGGCAUAGUAUGCUAGCUAUGCUAGAAAGUCUAGCACACUUUUGCAACAGAAAUCCUGUUAAUAAUUUAUUAGCACAAGUCAAUCAACAUGAUUUAAAAAUUUACCAACAGGAGUGGAACUUGUUAGAAGAUCUUAUUCGGUUUCUACGUAAAUUCCGUGAAGUAGUGGAAAUGCUAUCGACACAAAAAACAGCUUCGCUUAAUUUGGCCCUUGUGUUUCGUUUGGAAAUCAGAGAUAUCCUCAAUUCUUUAUCAGACGAAGAAACGCUAAUAAUGCUAUCACUGAAAAAUAAAAUGUUGGCAAAAUUAGACAAACGAUUCCCAAUCACUGAUAAAAUUGUUGUUUCGGCAUUGUUGGAUCCUCGUUUUAUAAGCUUGAGUCAGAUUGAUUCGUACCUUGAACAAAAAAAUACUACUCGUGCUGCAUUUCUGGCAGAGUACAUAAAAAUACAGCCCAAUAUUUCAAAUCAUUCCACGAUGGUGGCUACAUCACCUCCUGCUGUUCUUGCUAGUACUUCUAAUGAAUCUAUUUUGUCAAAGCUUUCCAAGAAACACAGCAGCAGCAGCACUAGCUCUAUUUUAACUUCUGUUGAGUUUAAUGAAGUUGAUCAAGAAUGCUGGAGGUACUUGGCAGCUGCUAAUGCUAGUGACGUUGUAGACGACGAUGUCCUACAGUAUUGGCGAAAUAAAUCAAAAACAUUUCCUCACUUGAGCCAACUGGCAAGGGCUAUUCUGGCAAUCCCUGCUACCAGUACGCCUAGCGAGCGCGUUUUUUCUAUAGCGGGACUUACUGUAACAGCUAAAAGGUCUAGGCUUAACCCACUUGGAGCACCGUCUGAUUCUAGUAAUUUAGCUACAAGUGAUGCAGGAAGUCAAGAAUCCAUAGAAUCCGUUCGAACUGUCGGUAGAAAAUUGACCUACGCAGCUUCACAAACUUCACAAGGCUUAACUGCAGCCAACGUUCUACAACAAUACUUAACAAGAAAGAAACAAAGCAGAAAUCUUAGUAAUCCUCUGAUUGAUCUUUUCAUCAAUAUGGCUAAAACAGUAAUGACUUUACCUUUACGAGACCAAAUUGAAAUUAAAUCGCAAUUGUUUCAAAUGGUUAACAACGUGGAGAUGAGGCUUGCGACAACUGCAAUCAAUCCAGAAUAUCCUGAUGCUAAUCUUUAUGACAUUUGA